AUGCCUAUGGGUAUUCACAAUCCGCUGCCUUCCUCCUUGAGCAGCGAAUGUAAAAAGGCGAGCAAGAUCUUGACCUCCUUUGUGGACCCAAGACAAGCCUUCGGUCCCGACAAAGUCAUUCCGCCAGAGAUCCUGGCCGGUGCAAAGGGUCUCGCGAUUCUCACAGUCCUCAAAGCUGGUUUCAUUGGUUCCGGUCGCUUCGGUUCCGGUAUCGUUGUUGCUCGUCUCGCCGAUGGCUCCUGGUCCGCCCCAUCCGCCAUUGUCACCGCUGGUGCUGGUGUGGGUGGUCAGAUUGGGUUUGAGCUGACGGACUUUGUCUUCAUCUUGAACGAUGCCUCGGCGGUGCGGGCAUUCUCACAAUUUGGCACUUUGACGCUCGGCGGAAAUGUUUCUCUGGCAGCCGGCCCUGUCGGUCGUAAUGCUGAGGCCGCGGGCGCAGCGAGCACCAAGGGCGUUGCGGCGGUCUUCUCAUACUCCAAGACCAAGGGUCUCUUCGCGGGUGUCAGUCUCGAGGGCAGUAUGCUUGUGGAGCGCAAGGACGCCAACGAGAAGAUGUACCAGAGCCGCGUGAGCGCGGCUCAACUGCUCAGCGGCAGCGUGCGACCCCCUCCGUCUACCGACGCUCUGAUGCGCGUGCUCAACUCUCGAGCUUUCCAGGGCAACGCUCGCGCAGGUGGAGAUGCCAUGUACAACGACAUUCCUGUCUACGAUGACAGCCAUGACGAUGUGGUUUGGGAAGGUCGCCGGGGGGAAGCUUACGGUCAAGGCGCGCGCAGCAAUCGCAACCGCGCAAGUACGUUUGAUGAAGCUGGGGGUUACGAGUAUCGUGACAAGCCACGCCGGGCGAACACCUCGUGGAAUGAUGACGUGUAUGAUCGACCGGUCGGCGGCGUGUCUCGUUCUUCAACCACCCGUGGAUUCUCAAAUGAUUCCGUCGGAGACUAUGGGCGCAGUCGGAGCAACACGACGCCCAGGAACGAGGAAUACAAUUACUCCGAUAGCCGUCCCUCCCGUCCGACUGCGCCCAAGCCCGUCUUCGGACAAAAGCCAGGCCAGGGCGCUGCUCUCCGAUCCGAUCAAGCAGUUGCACUCUACACUUUUGAUGCCGACCAAGAUGGAGAUCUGGGGUUCAAGAAGGGCGACAUUAUCACCAUUCUCAAGCGGACAGACAAAGCCGAGGACUGGUGGACGGGUCGGAUUGGCGACCGCGUUGGCAUCUUCCCCAGCAAUUACGUCGAUGCCUCCUAG